AUGUGGACCAUAGAGGUUUAUAUCUACUUUCUCGUACUCUCUAUGGCAGGCUCAGCCCUCGGCGAAGAAAAUACAUUAAUUGCCAACAUAAGGGAGCCGCGGCAUUCCAAAAAUAAAUUAUGCCAUAAGUAUGGUAUAUGUGGAGGCUACGGGAAUCAGGGAUACAAUGGAUUUCAGGGAUACCAAGGGGGCUAUAACAACGGGGGUCACUAUGGAGGAUAUCCAGAUAAUCUGCCUAUAAAUAUUGCAAUCAGUCAAUCCCAAUCUUCAGCGAAUUUUGGCGGUGGUGGUUACGGUAGCUCAUCCUACCCCAACAACUAUCAAUAUAAUGGGGGUUAUAAUGGGGGUUACAGUGGACCUUAUAAUGGGGGUUAUCAAGGGGGUUAUAACGGAGGUUACCAUGGGGGUUAUAAUGGUUACCUCGGUGCUAACAGGCCAGGUUAUUUCGGUAAUGGCUAUGGAUCGUACAAUAAUCAGUUUAAUGGAAAUUAUAACGGAGCACCAGGGGGUUAUGGGGGUUACGGCUUCUUAAGGAACUCUGGUUUUGGUAACGAUUAUUCUGAAGAAGAUAACGAAGAAGAUUUCGGAAGAUCUGCCAAGGAAAAAGAAAACUAA